AUGCCCAAGGGAGUCCGGGGAGGCUUCAAGGCCGACACAGGUAAUGUUUUAAACACGAUUUCCCCGAAUGUAAAUAGACUCAACGAGAAAAAGGCUCCGGACGCUGGCUUUGGAAAUGAUCUUAAGAAACAGAAAGCAGUAAAUAACGGUUUGAAAACGCCAUUGAAAGUUGGGGAAAAUCACUAUGAUUCGAGUGUGUCGUCACAAUAUUCAGAUGGCACAGAAUCUGAUGCAGUUGUACAGCUUAACGACUCCAAAGAUACCUGUAUCUCGAGUUUCAAGACCACAGCGCUUUUCAUUGGAGACCUCAACCAGAACGUCUCAGAAAAAAUGCUGAAGGAAGUAUUCGGGGCCUUUCCGUCCCUGCAGUCUGUUAAAAUUUGUUUGGACGCAGUAACGAAGAAAUCGCUAGGUUACGGGUACUUGAACUUCGCAGAAACCGAAGAUGCACAGAAAGCAAUUCAAGAUUUCAGUUAUGUGAACCUUUUUGGUAGAGAAGUGAGAAUCAUGCCAUCUAUGAGAAAUACAUAUUUCAGGAAGAAUAUCGGUACAAAUGUAUUUUUCGCCAAUCUACCCUUGGAGAAUCCAAAUCUGACGACUCGUGCGUUUUAUGAGACUUUCAUUUGUUUUGGAAGGGUUCUCUCGUGCAAGUUGGAAAGGCGCAAAAAUAUCGGAUUUGUCUAUUUCGAAAAUGACGCUGUCGCUAAAAAUGUCAUUGAUGAGUUUAAUAAUUCGGAGUUUUUCGGCAACAAAAUUUCAUGCGGGCUCCAUUUUGAUAAAGACGUCAGAAAGUCCCCGGAAUUUGAAAAGAGGAAGGCAAAGUUAGAUGGAUUGACCAAGGAGUGUCUGGUUGCGGAUGAUCAAACCGAAAUUGAAUACGGCGAGAACCUUGGUGGUCCGCAUCCAAAUUCCGUCCAUGUCAAGAAUUUGCCCAUAGAGGCGGACAACGAAAUGCUUCUCGAUUUUUUCAGCAAGGCAGGGCCAGUUAAAUCGAUCUUCACGGCCACUAACAAAAUGCACAAAAGAACCUGCUGGGGAUUUGUCACCUAUAAAAAAGGAAAUGACACCCAGAAGGCCUUGAAGGCCUUAGAUGGAAUGCUUUUUAUGGGCAAGAAGCUAUCGAUUACGAGAGGGAUUAGAGCGGAUGAGGAAACUAAAACGAAUAGGCCCGUUGAAGACGUUUCAAGCAAGGACUCUAUCUCGAUUCUGCUAUCCAACGGGUACAGACAAACUUUGUACCUGAGCAAUCUUAGCUCCAUCUGCAACGAGGACUUCUUGGCACAGCUAUGCUCUGCCGAAAAAAUUGGUUACAAGAAGAUUGUCAUUGAUCACUACGACAAGGACACUCUGACAUUCGCUGGACAAGUUCUGUGCAGCUCGCGCCCCGAUGCCAAUAGGCUUUUCACGUCGCUAAAUAAUAAGUUGGUCGGCGAUUGCGUUGUCAAAGUCUCAUGGAGACCGGUCUUAACGCAAACACAUAUUUCCAUUGAUAGCAGGAAGGCCAAAAAAGGCGACGACCUGACACAGAAUUCUUCCGACGGUUUUGAUAACUAUAGCUGCAUUUCAGAAGCAGGUCAUCGUAAUGAUGCUAUACCUGGCUACCCUUCACGUUCCACAAAAUUAUCACAAGAGGCUCACAUUUGUGCUAAAAGACAACUUCUUUGUGUGUUGAGGAAGGAAAUAAGAACGGCGAUGGAUUUCAUAUCAUAUCCCAGUGCCUCUCGUGAUGAAAACUUAAAAUGCAUAGCUGAAUACAUUUUUGACGUCUACUGGCGUUCCGAUGUUGAAAGUUUAACCAAGUUCAUACUAUUGAUGAACACGAGGCCACAGCACGGCAGGAAUUUACAGAAACAGGUUCAAGAGGCAAUCAAUUUCCUUGGCUUUCAAAGGUAG